AUGCGGAGUGAGGCAAAGUUAGCCGAGCUUGGCAAAGAGGUUCACAGCAUCCGUCGUACGAAGACGAGUGAGAUGCUGCUGGAGCUUAAAAAGGGAGCUCAGGUGGGCGGAACGGAGCUUGUUGCGCUUGCACAACAAGUACUGGGCGCUACGGCCGAAGGUGUUCAACAAGAAAAUUCGGAUGGAUCUAAUCGGCUCAGACCUUUGCAACGAAAACGGACAAGAGAUUGGCAACUCGGUACGUGGAACUGUAAGUCUCUCAACUUCAUCGGAAGCACGCGUAUACUAUCCGAUAUAGUGAAAGACCGCAAGUUCGACAUCGUAGCGCUGCAGGAGGUGUGUUGGAAGGGGUCUACGGUGCGGGUCUUUCGCGGGAACCACACCAUAUACCAGAGCUGCGGCAACACACACGAGCUGGGAACAGCUUUUAUGGUGGUGGGGGAGAUGCAAAAGCGUGUGAUCGGAUGGUGGCCGGUCAGCGACAGAAUGUGCAGGUUGAGGAUCAAGGGCCGGUUCUUCAAUAUCAGCAUAAUUAACGUGCAUAGUCCCCACCUCGGAAGUAGCGAUGACGACAAAGACGAAUUCUACGCGCAGCUGGAACGUGAAUACGAUCGCUGCCCAAGACAUGACAUCAAGAUCGUCAUCGGCGAUUUCAAUGCUCAGGUUGGCCAGGAGGUGGAGUUCAGACCGGUGGUUGGAAGGUUCAGCGCCCACCAGCAAACGAACGAGAACGGCCUAAGACUCAUCGACUUUGCCACCUCCAAGAACAUGGCCAUAAAAAGCACCUUUUUCCAGCACCGCCUCCUGCACCGAUACACCUGGAGAUCACCCAUGCAAACGGAGACACAAAUCGAUCACGUCCUGAUUGAUGGACGGCAUUUCUCGGACAUUAUCGACGUACGAACCUAUCGGGGCGCUAACAUCGACUCGGUAGUGGUCGAUGAUGGUUAA